GGCCCCCUUUUGUCCCUUAUCGGCUUCGCCUUCUUAUUAUUAUUUUCUUUUCUCCCACAGAUUUUAUUUUCCUUUUCCCCCAGGCCAAGCAACACCGAGAAAAACCAGAGGAAAAUUUGACUCAUACAGCGAAUAUCUCAGGAAAUCCGACUUCUACAAAGAGGAAAUCUUUGCCGCUGAAUCAGUUUCCUUGGUGCCCAAGUUAACAUUCCUCCGAUCUGCUCUUCUAGUCUUAUUGAGACUUCCACUGCCAGUUCGUCGCUUAUCGUCUUCUAUCAGGCUUGUUAAUAAAGGUUCUUGCUCAGCGUUCCCUUGUUUUAGCGACUCUUGUUUUCAAAACUCGCGAAGAAUCAUUUUUUUUCCUCUUAGCGAUUGUAAAGCCCUAGAUUUGGUACUCUGGUCUUCAUGCCGUUUCUUCUGUGGGCGGCUGUGUGAGGGUUGUUUGAUCUGGUUGGGGUUUUGGAUUCGUUCCGGUGUGGGAUUUUUUUUUGUGUUCUUGGCUUAUGCCAGAUAGAUAGGUAGUCAGGCGGAUAAAUAGAUUAGGGUUAGGGUUUUUGUUGGUUUGAUGCCGCCAGAGCGAUUGCCGGGGGAUCGGAAAGAUUUCUGUAAAGAGAGGAAGCCUCGAUGGAGGGAGUCGUCUUCAAGUCACUAUGGAUCGUCUCGCGACUUUCCUCGCUGGGGAGGAUCCAACGAAUUUCGCAGGCCUCCUGGUCAUGGUAAGCAGGGUGGUUGGCACCUGUUUGCUGAAGAAUCUGGCCAUGGGUAUGCACCAUUCCGAUCCAGUGAUAGGAUACUGGAAGAGAAGAAUUUCCGAACAUCAGUUUCACGAGGAGAUGGUAAAUAUGCACGGAACGGUAGAGACAAUAGGGGAUCUUUUAGCCAGAGAGAUUGGAGAGCUAAUUCAUGGGAAUUGAACAAUGGGUCACUGAAUAUGCCUGGGAGACUGCAUGAUGCAAGAAAUGAUCAGAAGUCAGUUGAUGAUACAGUAACUUACCCCUCCUCACAUCCUCGUACUGAGUUUCUGACCUCAUGGGACCCGCUUCACUCGAAAGACCUGCAUGAUAAUAGUAAGAUGGUUGUUGGCAAUGGUAUGGGCACAGGCCAAAGAGGUGAUAGAGAGAACUUGGAUUGGAAACCUCUUAAUAAGUGGACCCGCUCUGGAAGCUUGUCUUCUAGGGGAUCUGGUUUCAGCCAUUCAAGUAGCUCAAAGAGCCUAGGAGGUGCAGAUUCCUAUGAAGGAAAGGCCGAGUUGCAGCUCAAGAAUGCAUCUUUAGUCCAGUCUCCUUCUGGGGAUGCUGCUGCAUGCGUUACUUCAGCACCAUCUGAUGAGAUGGCUGCUAGGAAGAAACCACGCCUUAAUUGGGGUGAGGGACUGGCAAAAUAUGAGAAGAAGAAAGUUGAAAGCCCUGAGGUGAAUUUAAGUAAAGAUGGAGUUGUUAUUUCUUCUAAUAACAUAGAACCUAUCCAUUCGCAAAUUACAACUUUGGUUGAAAAGAGCCCCAGAGUCAUGGGAUUAUCAGAUUGUGCAUCACCUGCAACCCCUUCCUCUGUUGCAUGUUCCUCACCAGGCGUAGAGGAGAAAAUAUCUGGCAAGGAAGUAACUGGUGAUAAUGAUGUUAGUAAUUUAUGUGGUUCACCCAGUAUUGGGUCCCAGAGCAAUAUUGAAGGUCUGUCUUUUAAUUUAGAGGUGUUGGAUGCUACUUCAGUGGCUAAUUUGGGCGCUGUGCUUGUUGAACUGCUUCAGUCUGAUGAUUCUAGUUCAGUGGACUCAAGUUUUAUAAGGUCUACUGCAAUGAAUAAGUUGCUUAUUUUGAAGGGUGGAAUAUCAAAGGCCUUGGAGGUGACUGAAUCAGAAAUAGACUUGCUUGAAAAUGAACUCAAGUCAUUGAAAUUUGUAUCUGGAAGCAGAUAUCCUUGUCUGGAAGCAUCCAGUUUCUUACCUGCAGGCGAUGAGGUAAAACUUUGCAAUGAACAAGGGGCUGCUUCUGACAUCCCUCGACCUUCUCCAUUGCAAGUUUCGUCCUGUGGGCCUGGGGAUUUGGAAAAGAUUCCUAUUUGUAGUGGUGGUUUGGAAGAAGUUCAUGGUGGUAGCAAGGGUGAUGAUGUUGAUAGUUCUGGAAAUGCCACAUCGAAAUUUGUUGAAUCAAUGUCUACUGUGAAGGCAGUUUCUUCAUCUGAUUUGGUGAAGCAUGGUGAGUGUUCUGGUGACGUGGGUGGUAUUGAGACCACCAACUUAGUGUUUAAAUCUGUGGUGCCUUGUACCAGUGAUCAAGGGGAUGUACCUGCAUGCGGUGAUGUUGAUGUUAACUUUCUUACAGAAUGCAAAGGUGGUGAUUCUUUUCCAAAUGAUGCCAGUUUUGCUGAAGAUAAUUUAUGUAAUCUAAUAUUGGCUGCAAAUAGAGAAUCUGCUAGCAAAGCAUGCAAAGUAUUUAGUACUUUAUUGCCGCGGGAUGAUUGUAAGAUUGAUUUUCCAGAAGUUGCCAAUGUUGCUUUCAGGCAUAAUGAUGUAUUAGUUAAAGAAAAGUUUGCUAGGAGGAAGCAGUUUUUGAAAUUUAAGGAGAGAGUUGUAACCCUUAAGUUCAAAGCCUUUCAGCACUUGUGGAAGGAAGAUAUGCGACUGCUUUCAAUAAGGAAAUUCCGUGCAAAAUCUCAAAAGAAAUAUGAAAGCAUGCGGAUAACACAUAGUGGCUAUCAGAAAAAUCGUUCUUCAGUUCGAUCUCGAUUCUCCUCUCUUGUUGGAAAUCUGAGCCUGAUCCCUACUACAGAGAUGCUUAACUUCACCAGCAGGCUGCUAUCAGUUUCUCAAGUGAAGCUUUACAGGAAUGCUUUGAAAAUGCCGGCUUUAAGUUUGGACAACAAAGAGAGGACAGUUUCGCGUUUUAUCUCCAGUAAUGGAUUAGUUGAAGAUCCCUGUGCCAUUGAGAAGGAAAGAGCUAUGAUCAAUCCUUGGAGCUCAGAAGAGAGAGGUGUUUUCAUUGAUAAGUUAGCCACCUUCGGGAAGGAUUUCCGGAAAAUUGCUUCUUUUCUUGAUCAUAAGACAACUGCAGAUUGUGUUGAAUUCUACUACAAAAACCACAAAUCUGAUUGUUUUGAGAAAACCAAAAAGCGUAAGCAAUCAAAGUCCUCUACUAACUAUCUAAUGGCAUCUGGUAAGCAUUGGAAUCGCGAAAUGAAUGCUGCCUCGCUUGAUAUUCUGGGUGCAGCUUCCUUGAUAGCAGCUGAUGCUGACAAUGGUAUGGCAAAUCAACAGAUGUGUUCUGGGAGAUAUUAUUUGGGAGGCUACUGUAAUUCUAAACCAUCGCAUGGCGAUGAUGGGAAUUUAGACCGAUCAAGCAACUUGGACAUUCUUGAGAAUGAAAGAGAAACUGUUGCUGCAGAUGUUUUAGCAGGCAUUUGUGGUUCAAUGUCCUCGGAGGCAAUGAGUUCCUGCAUCACUACUUCUGUUGAUCCGGGGGAUGGUUGCCGGGAGUGGAAGUCACAAAAGGUGGACUCUGUAAGGAAACGACCUUCAACGUCUGAUGUUACAGAGAAUGUUGAUGAAGAGACUUGCUCAGACGAGAGUUGUGGGGAAAUGGAUCCUGCUGAUUGGACAGAUGAGGAGAAGUCUAUCUUCAUACGCGCUGUGUCAUCCUAUGGGAAGGAUUUUGCUACAAUCUCACGAUGUGUAAGGACAAGGUCUAGGGACCAGUGUAAGGUGUUCUUUAGCAAGGCUCGGAAGUGCCUUGGGUUAGACUCGAUACAUCCUGGAUCAGGAAACCUAGGAACACCAUUGAGUGAUGAUGCAAAUGGUGGUGGAAGUGACGCAGAAGGUGGUGCUUUCGAGUAUGGCUCGGUUAACUGCAGUAGUAAGUUGGGCUCCAAGAUGGAUGAUAACUUACCAUUACCUGUCAUGGAUCCAAAGUGUGAGGUAUCUGAUGAUGUGGAGAGGAUAAUUUUGACUACUGACUUAAAUAGAUCAAAGGACAACAAUGUUUCUGUGGAAUUAGUGCAGAAUGACAUGAAGGUUGAAAAAACAUUUGUUUCUGAUUCUUGCCAGAUGGAGCACAAGCCUGUGCAAGCUAUUGACAUUGACAACAAAAUCAUGGAUGGUUCUGUCUGCCAAUCUGAGUUAAUGAAGGCCCAGGAAAUUUCAAAUGGAUCUGUCAGUUUAGAAGCUGGAAUGGAGAAACCGAUUGAGGACAAUAUUUCUGUAGGAGAUACAGUGGACCCUGUCCCAUCCAAUCCAGUUGGUGAUGUUAAAACUGUAGUAGAAGCUUCUGCUAAUGGAAGUGUAAAUCAUUUCAAGGCAGAAGAACUUUUGCCGCUCGAGAAUAGUUUGAAUGACCAAAGUGGCUUGAUACGAGAUUCAAAUGCUUCUACAGAUGUGUCCCACCAGUCUUUGGAUAUGGGUUCCUGUUCGAAGUUCAGUCUUGCUAUGGAAAACAUGCAGCAUGCAUCCAUGGAGAUCAAGUCUAUGGAUAAGUAUCGUAUUGCUGCCAUUCCUUUCAGGAAAAUGGAUAACCAUGAUACGCUUUUGUCUCAAUUUGAUAUUCAGGAGAGCAGAGAUGAGCAGGGUAAAAAAUUGGUUGGUCAGGAUAAUGAUUUGCAGCAUUUGCCAGGGCAACGUUUGGUGAGUUGUAGCGAGUCUUCCCAGAUUAUUGCGGGCUAUCCACUUCCUAUACCAACAAAGAUAGAGAUGAAUGGGGAUGUUUCUUGCGGGCCUCCUGAAGUUCAAAGCCUUCCAAUGGCGGACAGGAGUGCUGCAAAUCAGUUUGUAGGUCAAGAUUGCUAUCUUCGAAAGUGUAAUAAUGUAAAAGAUGAGUGCUCAGUGCCUGAGCUUCCACUUGUCUCCCAGCACACUGAUAUAGGCAAUGAUCAUCCAAGAGACCAUUCAAGGAGUUCAUCAAAUGUGGAAAAGCCAUGCAGGAAUGGUGAUGUUAAACUUUUUGGCAAAAUACUUACUAAUUCCUCGUGUGCGCAAAAGUCAAAUCCUAGCAUCAAUGAGAAUGUGGAACAGGGGACACAUUGUACUAAGCCAGGUAGCAAGUCAUCAACUCUGAAAUUCACUGGUCAUCAAACAACAGAUGGGAGCUCUUCUGUCUUGAAGUUUGAUCGUAAUAAUUAUCUUGGCCUUGAGAAUGUUCCCAUGAAGAGUUAUGGCUUCUGGGAUGGGAACAUGAUACAAACUGGGUUUCCAUCUAUAUCGGAGUACUUUUUGGCCAAGUAUCCUGCAGCAUUUGGCAAUUAUCAUGUGUCCUCGUCGAAAAUGGAGCAGCAGGCUUUGCAGGCUGCAAUGAAGUGUAAUGACCGUAACUUGACCGGUGUCUCGGUUUUGCCUCCGAGGGAAAUAAGUAGCAGCAAGGGAGUUGUGGAUUACCAAAUGUACAGGAGUCAUGAUAGUAGUAAAGUGCAGCCAUUCUCUGUAGAUAUGAAACAGCGGCAGGAUAUAUUCUGUGAGAUGCAAAGAAGAAAUGGGUUUGAAACAAUCUCAAGUUUACAGCAGCAGGGAAGGGGAAUGGUAGGAAUGAAUGUAGUAGGAAGAGGGGGAGUUCUUGUUGGGGGAUCAUGCACAGGAGUUUCAGAUCCGGUAACUGCUCUUAAAAUGCACUACUCUAAAACGGAGCAGUAUGGUGGGCAAAACGGAAGCAUGAUGAGAGAGGAGGAAUCAUGGAGAAGUAAGGGUGACAUAGGCAGGUAGGAGUGGAGAGGCCUGUUGAAGAGGGGUACACAUCUCGGCGGCAAAUCGUCUUUUGUUUGCCGUGACCUGUAUAAUAGUUUUUGUAUUGUUCAAUGGAAUGAUGAAUAGGGGAUUGAGACGGUUCUCAAGUCCGUCUUUUUGGUAAAAAAAAAAAAAAGAAAAGAUAAUUUAGGUGCUUUGUAAUAUUGCUACAACAGCUGUAGCUGUAGCUUUAGGUUUGUAUUUGUUGUAUUUGAUGGAAAUACAGAAAUAAUCUGUGAAAGUAGAGAGAGGGGGGCUUUGUCACUGUCCCUCCGUCAUUCAAUUA